AUGGGCCACUCGCAAAGUAAAAACCCGUCUGCCCACGACCACGGCUACGGCCACGGUCUCGGGCUCGGACCAACCCGCCGGAGCGGGCACUGGGACAGGGACACAGCAACCACUUACCGCUACCAUCCGCUCCCAAAACAACCAAGCAAGCACAGCAACCACAACCGACGAACCUCCCUCUCGAACCUAUCCCACGGGACCGCGACACCGACCCUGCCCCCGGCAAUGCCCUCCUUCUUCUCCUUCCAGCAAGGCUCCGAGCGCGCCCAGAACGUCCGCUACCUCUCGGAAGCAUCGCCCCUCCUGGGCAGGUUCCGCGCCGUGCCGAGACAGAAUGAUCGGCCCGUGGGGAAUGGCCGGAGCGGUGGUGGGAGAGCGCCGAUGAGUCACGGGCAGAUGGGGUUGCUCUCGGCCGAGCCUGGGUGGAGGGGUAGUGUGCAUGUUGGGUAUGGCGCGUUGGUUGCUGCCGCUGCUGCUGAGGAACAGGAGGAGGAGGAGGAUGGGUAUGAAGAUGAAGAUGAAGAUGAAGAGGGGGAAGCGGGUGGGGACGGAGGGGAGGUUGGGUGUUGCUGUGUUGGCGAUGGAGGGAGGCGAUGGAGGAGGGGAAAGGGAAGGAUAAGGACGUUGUGUAGGAAGUUGGAGAAUGUUUGGGUUGAUCCCAAGGCGGGGGCCAUUCGGAGGGUUGUGGAUGUGUGGUGGAGUCGAUGGGGGACUCUGGUGGUCUUGCCCGCGUUCUUGGCUGUGGCCUGGUGCGCCAUCCCAUUUCCCCAGUACCCACUUCCGGGAGACGACGACGACCGGCGGUCCGGAGAGCCGGGGCCCGCUCCUGGGCGCAAAGUGCCGGGGCACGGAGCGACUCGCGUGCAGGUCAAUUUCUGGUUCUUCCUCUUAAUCUACUACAGCUUCUACAACUUGACAGCCCUCAUAUGGAUCACAAAACUCUUCAACUUGUAUAGCCUCAACUGGUGGCCGCAGUCACUCGGCUUCCCCCUCACCGUGUCCGCCAUCGCCAUCCUCUCGAUCGCGGCGCCAGUGCCCAUCUAUCUCAUCCCGGAGGCCAGAUUUUUGACAGUCCACAACACGGCAUGGAUCCUCUGGACUUUCGUCAUCAUGGCGAUGCCCGUCGGCAUUGCUUUUUGUAUCCUUAUGACCAACGAGCGCCACCUCAAACUCCGGCAAUCGCUUUCUGAGACGCAGCGCAUCUUUACAUCCUCGUGGUGGGCCGGCGAGCCAGACAGCAGCACCUUGUCGCCGCGUGAGGGGAGGCGAGCCCGCGCUACCCUGGAUCCGAACGCUUUUGAUCCGGCACUGGGUGUUUCCACAAUUGGAUUCGCGGACAGUCGUUAUCAACGGCCUGCGAUGCAGGCCCGGCUGCGCCGACGAUGGCUGCCAGCAAGCUUCGUACGCUUCGUGUGGUUCUCCUUGGCCUUGUUCAUCGGCUUGCUGGCCUAUGUCAUAGGAGAGGCUUACGCCGAAAUCUACCUGAGCACGCUGCCGCAUAACAAUCUCCAUACAAUCGUCUACGUCUACGGUUGGAUAUCGACCGUGUACCUGCUGGAUGGGUUGACGGGAUGGAUUCUGGGUGGGAACGAAGGCGAGCGAGUCGGGAGCUACCCGCUGAGUUGGAUCUUCAAGCUCUACUUCAUGUUGACUUACCAGACAUACGUCCGCGCGCUGUACGCUCGCUUGCGCAGUCCGUCACAGUUCAUCCUGCUCCAAGUUCUCUCCUCAGCCAGCCUGAUCAUCGUUACGCCUAUCCUUAUGUCGGCGCCGUUCCACUGGUUCUUGUCCGUUAUUGGCGUCAACGGCCAGAGCUACGGCUCUUACCAAAAGAUGUGCAUCCGCAACGUUUUUAUCCGCUUCAUCGCCGAGAACGCAUCGAUGCUGGCCUUCCUCGGCAGCGUGGUGAUUCUGCACUUUGGUGCCAACAAGGACGUCUAUCCUUACUUCGCCUUUGACGGCACCGAGGAGAAUGAGGACUACGACUUUAACCUGACCUUUUAUGCCUCGAGCAUUACCUGGGCCUGCGAACUGGUCGCGAGCUUCAUCGUGGCCGGGCUUAUUCGCUGGAUCUACAAAGUCAGCGUCGUCACGGAGGGCAAGCUCGACUUUAUUGUCUGGCCCGAGCUGCUCCCUACCUGUGUCGCCGUCAUGCUUCAUGUGCUGCAGAACAUGCUGUUUUCCAUCAUUCGGCUGCAGUUUCGAUGA